AGAAGACAGGCUAACUGUGUCAGGAGUCGGCAAAGGUUGAGCCUGUUCAGUCGCCCGCUCAAAGUUACUACGAUGGGAGGAAGCAUGCUCUAUUCAGUUCUUGCAGCUUUGAGAUGUAAGAGAGUUAAGUAUAUAGAAAGACUCUUCGCUUCCGUCCUCUCAGAAGUACCCAAACAAUCCUCGUUGUCUUUGACAUCCACAACUCAAAAUGUACGGACUUCUCUUUGGCGUAUCUGCAAUCUUCGCAGGCCUCUUCUUCAUCGUCACGAAAUGGACUUUCGACUACUUCAAGGACCCUAAGGGUCUGAGAAGAUAUCCUAAUAUGCAUUUGCUUUCUGGUAUUUCGAACGUACCGUAUAUGCUUCUCUCGGAGAAAGGCUUCCGAUCAAAAAAGCUGUUCGAGCUACAUUCUUCUGGCAUGCCGGUCAUCAGAACCGGACCUAAUUCUCUAUCGUACGGCGACACUAGAGCCAUCAAGGACAUCUACGGACACAACACCAAAUGCACCAAGGAUGAGCAAUAUGUUGUCACGGCUGGCACUCACUACCAUCUGGCUGAUGUUGUCGACAAGAAGGAGCAUCAGCGUAAGCGCAAGGUGCUUUCUUCAGCCUACGCAUUGAAGAAUCUCGAGGAGUGGGAGUUUAAAGUCGCCGACAAGACCAUUCGUCUCAUCAAUCAAAUGGACAAGCGAUGCAGUGAUUAUGGUCACGACGAGAUUGUCGACUACAAACCCUGGCUCAACUACUUCACACUCGACGCCAUCGCUGAUAUCGGCAUCAGUCACCGUCUCGGCUUCUUGGACCAGGGUAGUGAUCGUACAAAGUCUCUUCGUUGGGACGGAUCCAGCUUCGAGUCAAAUUACCGCGAGUGUCUGUAUGCCAACUCCCAAGCAAACUCUGUCAUCGGCUACUGCUACGACUACUACAAGCAACUGGUCAAACUCAGCAAGUGGCUCCCACACUACAAUCACCUCUGGAAGCUCAACGAAGGCUGGGAUGGUAUCGUCCUGAAUCUCACCACAGAACGCCUGAAGCGAUACCAGGCAGGCGAAAAGCUCGACGACUUCUUCGAAGCCAUGAUGCACGACAAAAAUGGCGUAGCAAACAACCUCGAGUUUGGCGAGAUCGCUGCCGAAGUAUCCAUCAUGAUGAACGCCGGAUCCACAACGACCGCAAUCGCCAUGACUAACGUCAUGUACUGGCUUCUCAAGCACCCUGACUGUAUGCAAAAGCUUCGCGAUGAGAUUGAUGAUGUUCUUGAUGAGGAGGAAGUCAUUGCCCCAUACGAGAAGGUCAAGUACCUACCAUACCUUCGCGCCUGUCUCGAUGAAUCUCUACGUAUCUUCCCGCCUACCUCGCAUGGUCUCACCCGCGCAACACCACCAGAGGGAAGUGUCGUCUGCGGCGAGUUCGUCCCCGGCGACACCACCGUUUCGAUCUCAGCCUUUGUCGCUCACCGCGACCCCAAGAUCUUCCCCGACCCCGAGAAGUACACGCCCGAGCGCUGGCUGGGUGAAGCUGGCAAGGAGCUGGGACCUUACUUUGUGGCCUUUUCGGCGGGUGCUAGAGGGUGCAUUGGUCGCAACAUCAGUUAUUUGGAGCAGACUGUUGUGUUGGCGAGUAUGUUGCAUAGAUAUGAUUUCGAGCUUGCGGACCCGGCGUUUGAGCCAGAGAGACAUGAGUGGAAUAACCUACAUCUUUCGGAGUUGCCGGCGAGGAUCAGAAGGAGGAUGAGAGAUGUGGUCUCUGAGAAGCCUGCGGUCAUGGCUUGAGGUGUUCAAUACGCUAUCUCAUUAGUUUAAUGAUUAGAUACUCUCCAAAUUCCCAACAUUGAUGCAGGCUUGAGAACGAUGCAGCGUUUGCAAUUAUCAAUGUUAUCCACAACGCCACUUCACAUCCGCUUCCUCUCUUGGGCUCAGGCUUUGAUGAGAUCAGAUGCACGUAGGUGUGACAAUUAGAACAAGAAUGGCAGGGCGACAUCGGCAGCCGCAGCGCAAAUUAUGCAGUGCACAAGCCACAGAUCACGUGAAGCCGGCGUUAUGCAAGUGAAACUGAAGUCAUCGUCAGAAAGAAUCGCCAGCGACAG